GGCAGUUUUGUACCGAACACGGACUGGCGCGCUUUGCCGCACGGACAACGUUGUGUGCAGUGCGUCGCGUCGCGCGCGCCUUUUUACAAGCACUCUCUCUCUCUCUCUUUCUCUCUUUUUGCGCCAGUUGGCUUUUUUUAUACGAGUUUAUCAUUAUUAUUACUACUUUACACAUACAUCGUUUGUUGGUUAUGCUAGCGCAACCGUUGUUGUUUCGAUGUUACGAUAGUCGAGUGUGAUAUGAUAUACGCGCGUACAUUAUAGUUGCAGUGGUGAUUAUUAGUGUGCUGCGUGCGGCUCUACUGGUUGUUGUUGAUAACGAGAGCUUCGGCGAAUAUUUGUGCGGCGAAUAAUCGUCGCAGUUGAGAGAGAAGGAAAAGGUGUGCGUUGCCUGCGACGCCGGAUUCGUCUCGACACCUGCGCAGGAUAACUGUCGGUUAGUUAAGGUAUGCCGGUUGACUGAAGAUGGCCUCACCGACACCAUCGCUGGAAUCGCGCGCGAAUUCCCUCGGUUCCCUGGCCUCGCUCUCGCCGUUGACAGUGAGCGGCAGCUCGCCGCCGGCGAGCGACUCGGCCAUCUGCGACGUCGACAGCUGCGACCUGUGCCUGGACGCACCCCUAGCCAAGCCCGGCGACGCGCCUUGUCCGCGCUGUCGUCUCGGCGCCGGGGGCAGCAGCGUCUCCAGCGGCUCGACCACCGCCACCAACUCGAGCUCCUCAUCCUCGACCAACAACAACACCACACUCACCGCCACAAGCCAGCAGCAGCAGCAGCAGCAGCAACAGCAACAGCAGCAGGCUAACAACUGCUCCUCGCUCCUGCAGCACCAGCAGCACCAGCAGACCACCGUCAACGGAGGCGUGCGCUGCACCGGCUGCAAGUCGACCGAGUCCGACGCCGUAGCCCGCUGUUUCGACUGCGCCAACUUCCUCUGCCCCAACUGCGUCAUGGCCCACCAGUUCAUGCACUGCUUCGAGGGCCACCGAGUGCUCAACCUCGGCGGCGACUCCAAGCUCGGCCAGUCCAACAACUCCGUCGAGUCGAGUAACAACGUCCUCAACGGCACCAGCGACGCGCCCAACAAGCAGAUGAGCAACAACGUCAGCCAGGCGACGGCCGUCAACAGCGUCGUCCAGAGCCUGGCCGCUAACGCGCUCAUCAUCAAUGGCGGCGCCACCGGCGAUAAGGCGCUCUUCUGCCUGCGCCACAAGACCGAGCUGCUCAAGUACUACUGUCGCAGCUGCAGCGUGCCCUGCUGCAAGGAGUGCACCGUAGCCGACCACCCGAGCCCGCUCCACGACUGCGCCCACAUCUCCGAGGUCGGGCCCCAGCAGCUCGAGGCGGUCUCGCGCGCCGUCCAGGAGUGCCGCGCCAAGGCCUCCGAGAUCCGAGCAGCGGUCAAGGCCGCCGACCACGGCGCCGCCAGGCUCCAGGUCCAGUACCACAAGGCCCAGAACGAGAUCAACGACACCUUCCAGUUCUACCGCUCGAUGCUCGAGGAGCGCAAGCAGGAGCUGCUCAAGGAGCUCGAGUCCAUAUUCUCGGCCAAGCAGAUCUCGCUCGGCGUCGUCACGCAGAAGGCCAACGAGAUGGCCGAUAAGAUCUCGCAGACCUGCGAGUUCGUCGAGAGGCUCACCAAGUACACGACCGUCACCGAGGUCCUUAUGGUCAAGAAGCUUCUGGACUCAAAGCUCCAGCUGAUGCUCAACUACUCGCCCGACAUCGCCAACCAGGCGGCAGACCUCGAGUUCGUCAGCAACUACCAAGCGAUACAGGUCGGCGUGAGGAACACCUUCGGCUACGUGCGCACAAACAGCGAGAACAAUAGCACUGGCCCGAGCAAGCAGCCGCCCAUCGCCCGGCCCACCGCUCUCAACAGCGCCAACGGCGGCACCAACAACGGCAGCGCCGGCAACAGCAGCAACGCCAGCAGCGGACCCGGCAGUGCCGGCUCCCUCGGCGGACUGCUCCUCGACAGGCCCUACAGCAACGGCCUCAUCUCCUCCGGCUCCAACUGUCAGAGUACCUCGCCCUCGCCCUUCGAGAGCAACGGCAGCGUCAUCAGCAAGCGCUUCUCCUCGGCCAACAGCCUCGGGCCCUUCUCUAGCACCAUCAGCGACCUCAAUCUCAACGGCAUGAACAAUCCUUACGAGAAGUGGAGCAACGGUGGUUCGGACCCCUACCCGGUCAGCGUGAACGCGGGAGACCACUUCCCUAUGCCCGCCGCCGUUGUUGCCGCGGCCCAGUCGGCGCCUGGCGAUGCCGUGCUCGACCUCACCUCCAAACUCAUGCCCACCGCGGCCAUAUUCCCGCUCAAGUCGCAGAUAAAGCGCCAGAAGAUGAUCUACCAUUGCAAGUUCGGCGAGUUCGGCGUAAUGGAGGGACAGUUCACGGAGCCCUCGGGCGUCGCUGUUAACGCGCAGAACGACAUCAUCGUCGCCGACACCAACAACCACCGCAUCCAGAUCUUCGACAAGGAAGGCCGAUUCAAGUUCCAGUUCGGCGAGUGCGGCAAGCGCGACGGCCAGCUGCUCUAUCCCAACCGAGUGGCGGUGGUGCGCACCUCGGGCGACAUCAUCGUGACCGAGCGAUCACCUACACACCAGAUUCAGAUCUACAAUCAGUACGGUCAGUUCGUGCGCAAGUUCGGCGCCAACAUCCUGCAGCACCCGCGCGGUGUCACCGUCGACAGCAAGGGCCGUAUCGUCGUGGUCGAGUGCAAAGUCAUGAGGGUCAUAAUCUUCGACCAAGCCGGCAACGUGCUCCAGAAGUUCGGCUGCUCCAAGCACCUCGAGUUCCCCAACGGAGUGGUGGUCAACGACAAGCAGGAGAUCUUCAUUAGCGACAAUCGCGCCCACUGCGUCAAAGUCUUCAACUACGAGGGCAGUUACCUGCGCCAGAUCGGUGGCGAAGGCAUCACCAACUACCCCAUCGGCGUUGGCAUCAACGCCGCCGGCGAGAUCCUCAUCGCCGACAACCACAACAACUUCAACCUGACGAUCUUCACGCAGGACGGUCAGCUCGUCUCGGCCCUCGAGUCCAAGGUCAAGCACGCCCAGUGCUUCGACGUCGCCCUCAUGGACGACGGCAGCGUCGUGCUCGCGAGCAAGGAUUACCGGCUCUACAUCUACCGCUACGUGCAAGUGCCGCCGAUCGGCAUAUAGAGCCGCGUCCAGCGACAGCGAUGACGCGCCCUCUUCUACGCCGCCAGGACCGCCUCGUCGACGACCUUCUCGUCGUCCUCGCCGUCGUCUUCGGCAGCCGUCGCUACAGCAGCAGCAGCAGUGCUGACCAAGAGGGACUGAGGACUGUUAUAGAGAGACAGACAGACCUGCGCAGCAGCAGCAGAAAAGUGUGUUUGUAUGAUAACAAAAACGGUGUCCUCUCGUUUCUCUGCUCCAGAGAGAAGCAGCACUACACGCAUACUUCGGCCCCCUUUUUGUUUUUCUUCUUGUGUAUGCCUUUUCUUAUACUCUCUCACUCUUUCUCUCUCCUUGGUUUUUCGUUUUGUGUACUAUUACAUAAGUGUAUUUAGAAAAGGGAAAGACGACUUUCUCUCUCUCUCUCAUUUGAAGUGUGCGCGAGACAGAGUCCCGGCCCCUUCCCCGACCAGAUAAGUCACGGACAUUCUCAUUCAUGAUCGAUGCAAGUGAUUCCUCGGGGGAUGGUCACCGUGGACCGCACGAGCUGCGCGCGUUGUUAUUCUUUGUAGACACAUGGUUUUUUUGAGUAUAAAUAUUUGAGCGCUCGAGGGAUAGAGAGAGAAAGGAGUUAGAAUCGAUACGAGAGAGCAGGACGAACUCACCAAGUGACAUACGUAUAUUUGAUAUAUCGAGUUCAUUGAAAAGGCGGAGAGCGAAAGACGAUUCGAGAUACCCGAGAAUUUGACGGAAGUAAAAAUUUGUAUUGACUUUCGUUUUUUCGUUCCGAAAAAGAAAGAGAGAGAAAGAGAGAAAGAGAGUUACGUGAGUAAACUAAGAAACGAGGAUCGAUGAUUAGACCUAUCUUAUUAAUGCGAGAAUUGGAAAGGGACAGAAAAAGAGAUAAGAGAUGUGAAGAGAUGAAGAUGGAACAGACGCGCGACAAAACUUACUUGUUAAUGUUGUUAUAAACUGAAAAUACUGUUGUUGUUGUUUAGUUGUAGAGCUCGCCGCCGCUAGUCACUUUUCCCCCUUUUUCCCUUUUCCCCCAUCUAUUGCCCCACUUCAUGAAUUCCCCAAUUCCUUCUUCGUCCUUCAUAUUAUAGUCAUUGUUUCGCCCACAUCCAAACUGAAGAGAAAAUUCAUCCUUUCGGAAUCUCUCCUUAUUAAGUGUAAUCUCUCUUUUUUCCUAUGUGUGUUUUUUUAUAUACUUUGUACGUUUUAUUUUUUCUACGUUCUGUUGACAACUUGACUGUAUACUCGAGGCGCGUUCGAUUGUCGAAAGGCAUCGAUUUAUAAGGUGAAAAAAAGACAAAUGAUAAAAAAGAGCGUAAAAACGAUGCGUGAUUUUUGAUUCUAAAUGAAACGAUGAGAGCGAGAGCGAGUGAAAGAGGUAAUUACUCUAUUAUUAUAGUGCGUUGUUUAGGUGGCGAUUUUGUUGAUAUUUUUUUUUAUAAUUAUUUUCCAAUUCUCUUGCCUCGUCGAAGAAUUCCCGAUAAUCUCGGGCCACGAAAGUUUUCGCGUAUCUCCUCGGUGUGCAGAUAGCAGAUAAGAGAAAAACAAAAAUAAGACCGAAGUGACGCGGUGUUGACAUGGUAUUGACUUGAAUGACGAGACGCGGAAAAAUGGCAAAAGAAGUUUUUUCUCCGUACACGUGGCUCUUAAUUGCACAUACUUUGCAUUUGUAACAAUCGUUAAUUAUCGAGCCCUUGUAAUUACGAUCAUUCGCACCACAGCUAUUAUCAUUAUUUUUAUUAUUAAUAUUAUUAUUUCUUACAUUAUUACAUUAUUAUAUUUUUAUUAUUAUUACUAUUUUUUAUUGUACGACGUAGGUAGUGCUUUUUGCGUACGUUCGCAUUUAAUAGUUAUUAGUUAGCCUGUACUUCUAUUACUUAGUCAUAAUCGACGAUCGCCAAUUUACGAGCGUAAAACCGAGAAAGAGAUGUGUGCAAGCAUGUGUGAAAAUCUAUUCGCGUUAUGUCGUUAUUAUGCGAAUGUGUUUUUCCUUUACGUUUUUUUACUGCAGCGCCUAUUUAGCUAAUCGAAGGAAAACGUUAAUGGUCUCUCCUUGAACUCGACACACGGGGAUGUAUCCGCGUUAGAAACGCGAAAUGUGCAUAUGCCGCAUUUACAAUGUAUCUACUCGAAACCGCUGCUCUGUCGUAAUUUUUAUUGCUCAACUAGAUUUUUUUACGUAACACGACCGACUAGAUGCGUGGUUAUUAAUUGUUUUUUUUCUUCAUCCCCUCUAUGAACUAUAUAUAUAUAUAUUUUGUACUGUUCGUGCGCGAGAGUCGCCCAGUUAUCGACUAGAGAGUCCCUUGUUUAUCUCCCAUUUGUACAAAAAUUGUUGUGUAAGUUGUGAAACAAAUUCUCAGCGUGACAAGCGUUUAAGUUAGAUACAUAAAUUAAAUACUUCUUGUUUUUUAUAGCGCGCUCGCGCGAAUCUCGAACAAUUUUUAAACGAGUUUUAUAAUAGAUGUAUAAACAAGGAGCAAACGUGGAAUUUCACUUCUAGCGCUUGGUGACAAUCAUAUUUGAAAAGCCCUUCGCCGAAGUGUGGCAAAAAGUUAAAUCAAAGAUUACCGCUAUUAGUUAGCCAUUAGUACACGCUCGCGUAUGAACGAACGAAUCGAUAAUAAGCGGCUCCGACACAACUUUGAAUUUUCGAUGAAAAAGAACAGAAGACUCGUUCUCUUUCGAACAAAUCAUCAAAGGCGGAUGAGAUAGGAAGUAGGAAAGGAUGUUGAACCCCCCAGUAUUACGCGCUCGUUCGACGUUUUCUAAACCCUCCAGACUCUCUUGUUUCUUUCGUAAGUUUUUUUUUAUUAUUGAUAUUAAUUAUUAAUAUUAUUGCUUAGUGUUAUAACGAAAAAAUAAAAGAGAAAGAGAAUAACGAUCGUGCGAGUUUGCGAACGUCGUGCUUUCGUCACCAUUAUUAUUUUUUAUUGAUUAUAAAAACGUGACACUUAAAGAGAAGAAAAAGAGGCGAUCGUUCGAAUCGCGUGAUUAUUUUUUUCCUCAACACUGCGAGAUCGACGUAGCUCAUUCUGUGUGCGAUCCUCUUCCUCCACAUCCGUUGUGUUUUUCACUAGUUAUUAUUAUUUUUUUGUAUGAUUAUUUGAACCAUUUUUAAAAAAUAACUUCUAGUAGUCUCGUAGUCAAGUAUAUAGUAGUAACGAAUUGUAAAUCUCUCACACGUAAGCGAGUUGUCAUCGACUCCUUACACCUCUUUAUUAUUUUGUCUGUUAACUAGGUUUUUCCUCUCUUUGUUCCAUUUUGUGUUUAUUUUUUAGUUUUCUCUUUUCCGUUCAUGUUUCUCGACAAUUUUGUUUUCCAAAGCGAGCGCAGGUGCGAAAAACGGUCCAUCAGUCGAUCGAAAUUCUCGGAUAGACACCCCUCAGAACACACGUAUACAUGAUCGAGCGUGUUCGCGCAUAUAUAAGUAUUAAUUACACAAACGUAAGAUUCCUUCUCUUAGUUUUUUUAACGACUAUUAUUAUACAAUUAUUACAUUAAUUAUUAUAACUAUAUUGUUGGAUGGGUCGCGCGUCAUUUUUGCCGGGCUCAAAUCCCGCGUGUCGACUUCGUGCAUGUGUUUCCUUUUUUUUUCCGUAUCGAGCGCCGUGUCUCCUCCCAAUUAUACUAUAAUAUUAAUUAUCUCAUAUUCAAUUAUCAAACUACUUAUGGAUAACUACUUUCGCGUCAUUUAUCAACCGUUACAAAUACAGUUUUCUUUCGUUUUUUCUUGUAUACCUCCCACCAGAGAGAAUGAACAAAGUAAAAAAAAAGAAGCUUCACUGCCUUACCGCGUGAAAGAAGCGGCGAUUCAGCGAGGAUCUGUUCGUUCUGUUUUUUUUUUUUUUUUUAUUCUUAGCGAAGAGGAAUUCACGGGAUUUCGCCGUUGUCUGACUUUUGUCGACUCGCCCGAUCGACGCGCGAAAACACUGUCUGUACAGAGAGUAUAGGGGAUGAAACUUUCGACAGUUCCAGCUUGGACUGCUGGAAGAAACAAUCGCUUUUACGUCUGUCCGUACAAAGAGGCUCUUUUCAGAGGAGGCUAACUUCUAAAAUCGAGCAAUGUCACAUCAAAACUUUGUUACAUGUAUAGAAUUGAGAAAAAAAGUUUUCGAAAAUCCAGCUAAAUUGCAUUGCGUUGAACAGUGGCGCUUGUUUCGGACGCAUACAAACACAGAGAAACGUUCAAAUAUUUGCUUUUGAUGUGCCGGUGCAAGUGACAGACUCUAGCGUCCCCUGAAAACCUAGGCCCCGGCGUAUAACUCUAUUUACUUGCCAAACGCGCGCGCAGCCAUGUACUUACCUUGACACCGUGCACUAGUUAAUUUUUAACUCUUGUUUUUUUAUAAUGCGUAUAUGAUAUGUAUUAGUCGUGUAAUGACGAUAUUCGCGUCUUCGAUCCGGCGAGGCAUUGAAAGUAAUAGAAGAUAGAUUUGCGGCUAAAGCUCGUGAGGCAUACGUUCCCCGCUUGACUCAGCUGACGAAAAUCAAAAGGUUAUUAUUAUUAUAUACUGCGAUGAAUCGUUAUAGCGAAAGAUCCUGCGCGACUAUUGCUGGCUUCUUUCCCGUCGACGAUUUCCCCUCGAUUCAACUUAAGAGUAAUACAUAUUAUAGCAGAAGUUACGACGCGAUGUGCAUACAUAAUAGACGAUCGGAACUUCUAUCUCUACUACCCCCUCUUAUAGUUUCAUUCUGUGUAACAGUGAUAGAUAGCUCAAAUAAGUUUCGCCGAACUGAUUUACUAUAACUACUACUACUACUUUAACUAUACCGAACGUCUCCUCUUUUUUAUUACUACUAUUAAAUAUUGAUUAAAUGCGCUCAUCACACCUCAACACAUUUACACGACUUUGUAAAAAAAAUCACGAAACUAAAAAGUUGAACGAAGCGGAAGAUGCGAUAAACGCCGUAUAGAAGAAAAGCGCGGAUGCACAAUUAAAUCGUCCGACAAAACAAUGAGCUGCGAGCGGUGUACAAGUUUACGAUUAUCGUUGAACAGUUAAAGCCACGCGCGCAGUUCGCGGAUACACGAUAAGGCAGGAAAAAAAUUGUAUUUUUUAUUCAUUAAGGACACUAUAUCACACACGCGUCGUGUACGAAGACACACACACACAUACACACCGACCGAUCAAUCGAAUGUACGACGGAUUUUCCGGUGUCGCGUAGCAAGAGGCGAAAGUAAAGAGUAAAGAAAGCGGGCGUUGAAAACGAGGAACAGUUCGAGAGCGAUUUUUCUUUUUCACAACGAUCCAUUCCACUCUUGCCGAAGGUGAAUUACAGAUGUAUAAAUGAAUAUAUAUUUUUUUUACUCUUCUUUCCUCCGUUUCUCGCGGCGCCGCACCCUCGAAACAGCUUCCGGUUUUCGGCGCUACAUCUUCGCCGCUAUACGCCGUCUUUUCCUUUAUUUUUUUUUUACAUGUGUACGCAUUUUCCGAGUUGAAUGUUGCAAGCGUGAGUUACAUGUUGCGAGCGAGUUUCGGAGGGAAGCUGUCCGAGAUCCGAACGUAUAGUUGAGAGGGAGAGCUAAGCGAGCACGUAAUAAUAAUAGUCGAAAUGCAAAAGGUGUGAAAGUAUAAGAUACUCCUUCGGAGACAUAUAUUACGUCGAUUAUUAUUAUGAUGGAUAAAACACCGAUUGCUAACGCGACACGACAAAGGGAAAAUGAACGCGAAACACUACUGUCUCUCUUUUGUAUGGUUUGUUAUGUUAUUAUCUUAAAUGAUACAACCCAAUUGUUCUUAAUUUAAAUGUAAAGCGUAUUUUUGUUUGUUUUUUAGUUAUUUUUUUGUUGUAAAAUGCUUUUUAAUAAUAUUUUCAGUUCACAUUACUCUACCGACUGUGUGUUUUAUUUUAUUUUUCUCUGCCUUUAUUAUUAUUAUUAUUAUUAUUUUUAGUUUUUACCUGCUUGCUUGUACAUUUCCCACAAGUGUCCGCCUUUUCUUCUCUGUAUAUGUCAGACAUCCUCGACCAUCCCUAUACUAUACAUCUGCCCUUUGAGUUCCUAUGGCUUACGAAAAUGAACAAAAAAAAAGGUAAUGAAAGAGUAACGACGAAGUUCUAAAAGGAAGUGCCGGGGAUCUCUCUGCCAAAGUGGCGCGGACUCUUCGAGAAUCUAAAAAAAAAAGAAUCAAUUUUUCUCUAUUGUAAAGAAUAAGCUGCAAUCGAAGGGUCCAAAAAAAACCAAAGGUUAAGUAAUACAUUCCACAGUAGCAGAUUGUGUGCGUUGGCUUCGAGAUCCCGGCGCUAUUUUAACAAUAAGGUGUUAUAAUAACGACGAUUCGAUCGAGGCGCCGUGUUUUGCGAGAGAAUGAGAAAAAAAAAUACUCUUCGCUCAGCACAAGAGAGACGAGAGCAACUCAACUAAGAGAAACCUUCUUCGCCUUAUUAGCGAAAGCAAAACAAAAAAAAAAGGUAAAACGUGCGUCUAUACACAUUCCAGGUUCUAUAUAGUGAUCGACGAGUAGCUGUGUUUUUUCUAUGUAAGCGUAAACAAAUAAUUAUUGAUAACUAACGAUACUCAAGCGAAUUUUUAAACUAUAAAUAAUAAUAUACUGUGCGUCGUACAUAUACAUAUAUUCUUCAAGAGAACGAGAGAGAGUAAGAGUCUCAACCGCCUCCCUUUAUGAUUAUUGAUACGCGCAGAUCUUCGCGACUAUUCACAUAAUUAUACAUAAGUUCGCACGUUCUAGCAGAAAUUCCAAGGCGCUCCCGUUGUGGACGAAAAAAAAUGUUCUCCAAUCCAAAAAAUUGUUUAUCGCGUACGUUGUUGCGACGGAAUGAUAAAAGGAAUAUUUUAAUUAACGAUGCGAAAGGUUAUAGAAGAAAGAGGAAAAAACGCGAAACCGUGAUAACUAUAAUUUUUAUAAUAAAAAAAAGAAUCGCUGGCGUCUACGAAUUUCUGCUCGAAGAAUCAUUGUAUCUUUCGAAAAGCGCGCGAAAUUCGAACGAGGAUGUCCUCGCACCAUUGCCAUUGUUACGGGGGUUGGAAGAGAAAGACUAUUUUCGAUUUCGCCCUUGAUUUCACGAGUUUCGUUACACGGAGACAAAAAAAGCUGUUUUACUUUCACAUAUCACGGAACAAUGAAAAAAAAGACGCGCAUAUAAGACUGAACUCAAGGGAGAAAAACGUCAGCCGCGAAGCCGGAAAUCCUCAUCGAAUUUCGCGCGCGUUAAGCUCGAGAGCUUCUGAGUUUCCCGAUCGAACGUCGAGUCGUUCGGAGACUGAAAAGUUCUCGACGCAGCCAAAAAGUAAAAAUAAAAAAAAGACAAAAACACUCGGACGUCAAUCCGCAUACACGAGAGCAUAUCGUCGCAUCGAACGGAAUUCGAAAGGCUUUUCACGUUUCACAUAUCACACAAUUGUUAAAGCUUGCGGGGACGAAGAAAGCGAAUUUCAUCGAUGCGAGCAAAAAAUUGAAAAAAAAAAUAUUCUCUCGAGAUCGGAUGGAGGUCGGAUAUACGUAUAUUAUUAUACGGGGGAGACGGCUCUGUUAAAGAGGAGAUAUAGCGGUUAUUAUUUUGACAGGGGGUUAAAGAAACCAAGUCGUGAUACGAAUAUGCUAGUCGUGCGGGAAAAUCGUUGUAUCAUCCAAGGCGCACUCACGUAAUUAAUGUACACACACACAUAUUACACACGACGAUCAGCUGUAAGUUUAACGCGUGUAGUUCUUAAGUUUGAUAAGCGCUGAUAUGACGCUGAUGAAAAAAAAAACAAAAGGCUUGCGGGAAAGGAGAGAAAAAAACAACGCUCGGCGUUUGAUUAUUAUAACUGGUUAUUAAAAGUUGAAAAUGACAAACCAAAAAAAAAACAAGUUUUUAGGAUGUAGCGUUCGGAUAGAUGACACAUAUAUUUUUGUACGUUCGCAAAAUGCGCGCCAAAAGAUAAAAAAAAAGAACAAUGUGAGCCAGCGUUUUUUUCUCUCCGCUAUUUACGAGCGCUCUCCUUUUUCCGUUCGGAGAUCAAAUCUACGUGCGACUGCGAACGAUGACAGUCGAGUUCGCGGUCGAGAAAGAGAGAAAAAAAAUGAUGCACACUAUUCUUCCCGGGCCCAAAUAAUGUUAUACUUAUAUAUUGUGAGAAACGAAUUGCGAGACGUGGAAAGAAAAAAAAACGAAAGAGAGAGAUGAGUUGAAGGGAGGAUUUGCAUAGUUGAUUACUAUUUUUAAUUAUUAUAUCAAUAUUAAUAAACACUUCGUACAUUGUAUUGUUGCAUGCCUAGUUAACGUAUUAAAAAACAUUGGGCGCGAAUAAGAGACGCCAAAAAAUUCAGUGGUUAAGGUUUAAGGCGAUCGACUCUAAGGUGUUAAGGAUCUUAUUAAGUAUUAAGGAGAUUAACAGAAGUAAAAAAAAUGAACAAAAAACAGAGAAACCUCUUCGCUUGUAGUGCGAAUAAUCGUUUUCGUUAUUUUCUAAUAGUCACGUAAGCGUAUAAGUAAAUGAAAUAUUACACUGAGGAGUAGGGGACUAUAACGUCUCUGACGUUGAAAUGAUUGAAAUACCGGAUCGACGAUUCGAGAAAUGAAUAAAAAAUAAAAAAAAAAUUCAACCGGGUUGACGCAACGAUUAAAAAAUGAAAGAGCAGCAUGAAGACGGUCGCGUAAAACGCCGGGAAAUUUGAAUUUGAAAACCCAAUCGAGACCACGACAGACGGCGCCGUUAUUCGAGAAAAAAAUCCGAGCGGUCAGGAGGAUUUUGCCGUUAACGAGCGUCCGAUUAAACAACUUAAAAAAAAAAUAAGUAAUAACACGAUACGUCGAAUUGAAAUCGAUCUUCCACUCGAGAGACUAUCUCGAGCGAUCGUGUGACAAAAAGUUUAAAACGAAUUGAACAGUUGUUGUGCUCUUAGGAGCUAAUGAAUAAAAAAAUAAACAUUUAAAGCAUCGACGUUUAAGAAACGCAAAAAACACAAGCACUUAAUCGUGCAUGCUUUGAACACUUUGUUUCCGGUAAGACUGACAAAUCAAACUAUAAGAAUAGCUGAGGAGAAGAGAGAGAAAAAAAUAAACCACUGGAACGGUGAACGCCUUCCACAACCCGUCAAUCAAACGCGAUGGUACAGUCGUAGUCAUUUAAGUCAGGGCAAAAGAAGGUAGAGAGAGCAAAGCUUCCGAAGAGAUAGAGAAGCGGCGCGAAAGAGAAACGUCGAGCGAUCAAAUCGAGCCUGAUGUCCUUGGGGGCAAAAAAGGGGACUCUCGGGGAUCGUGGGACAAUUUUCGCGAGCGCUAGAUGUGCGUUAUUUUUCUCAGAUGAACGGAUGCGGGGAUACGAGAAGCGGUCCGUCCAUGGAUGCGACUACCGAAAACCUUAAAAAAAAAAGAAACGAUGAAAUUUAAGAAAAAAAAAACUUUAAUGAAGGGUGGGGAAGUAAUAUUCCUUUUUUCGCUGUUUUUCACGCGAUCGCCCCUUAAGGGGUCGCGCGGAUGCCGUUAUUGAACAUUAUUGUAUAUCACACACAUGUUGUUGCACAAAAAAUUUCUGUUUUAACGGAAGGAAGCUGUGUUUCUCGUCGCUUGAUGUAUUUUAACGAUAUAUAAUAUUAUAGUAGGAGGAAUUUUGAAAAAAAAGAGAGAAAACAUAACGAGACGACAAUAUAAUACAACAAAAAAAAAUACACGCAAACAUUAUGUAAUACCCUUGUGUAGUGGCUGCUCGCUGUUGACAGAAAAAAAAUACAAUUAUGAGUGAUAAGACGAUAAAAAAAAUGGGGGGCGUCGAUCGUUAGUUUUUUCGUCGCUCCGACUAUGUAAUAUUUAUUAUAUACACCUACGAACGGUAAUGUGAGUACGGCGGGAAUCGCGUGAACGUAUUGAUAACGAGAGACGGGAAAACAAAUUCACUAUAACUGUACAGUCACGUAAUAAAUUGGGUGUUAAUUAAAGAUAAAAAAAGCAACCAAAUACUUACAUAGUGAACUCUGUAGAACGUAGAAAGUUUUUCGCUCGUACGUUCGUGAUCCGAGGGCGCGUUGCGUUAUCGUCUUUUUUUCCCUCAUUUUUUUAUACCUAGACGAUCGUCCUUUUUCUUUUCUACACGUACACACAGGAUCUAUAUACAUUGAAAGUCAAGCAACGUUUUUAUGCGGGAAAUGUUGGAAAAUUGUUGAUUAAGGCUUAGUGACGAGAGAAGAAGUUGAAACAGAAUAAUUCCGGGAAAAAUUAAGCAGCAGAUGUAUUACACGUACUUUUACUGAAAGUAAGAAAAACACAGUAGCCUGAGGUUAAAAACGUCGAGUGUUUUUUCGUCGGCCAUUUCGUGGUGCCGCCCGCCAUCUUGUUAUUAAAUUUUAAGUGUAUACUUAUAUACAAUACAUAUUAUUAUAUAUAACGAUUGAAUGUCUAGUCAUGGCCUCUUGAGAAAACCUUUGCUACUUUGUAUUGUGUACGACAGGAUACACAUAAAUGAUAUAUUUAAAACUAACAAGAAAAAAAAACAUAUAAAAAAUAAAACAAACUAAUUAUUACUUAAUAAUUAUGAUAGUCAGUAGGCGUAAACGGUAAAGUGAUAUAUUCGAAUAUAUCAUCGUAACCAUUCAUUAUAUUCUAAGUUAUCGAUAUACUAUUAUUAUUAUUAUUGCUAUUAAUUAUUAACGUAUAUUUAUAUUAUUAUUAUUCCAUUAAUUUUUGUCAUUACGAACAAAGACAAGUAAGGGUCGACAAUUAUUGUUUACGGUCGAGUUGCGUCAUAUGAAUCCUACGAAGAUUGCAAAUUUUAUCGCCAAAGUCACUAUAUUAUAACUAUUUAUUAUUAUUAUUAUCAUUAUUAUUGUCAUUGCUAUUAUCAUUAUCGACAUUAUUAUUACCAUUAUUGCGAACUCUAUUUUUCAUUGAAAUGAGAGGGAGUGGAAAUGAUGUAGGAGCGUGUAAGGAAGGAAAAAAAAUGAAUUUGAUUGAAAAAGGCGCGAGAGAAUAGACGCACUGCAGAAACGCGAAAAGUUACAUUUAAAUAAUUUAUUUUUUAAUACCACUUAAGCAUUGUCGUGAUUCGUUCCGUCAAACCUAAACUCAUAUCUAUAAUUGCUAACUUUGUAUACAUGUAUUUAAAUAUUUAUUAUUAUUGAUAGCGUUUAUUAUUAUUAUUAUUACCUAUUAUUAACUACUAUUAUUGCGUGAUGUGUACGCGAGGUACAUAUAAUAAGACAUUAUUACUUGAUAAGAUUAAGGAAGUUGACGCAGAAAAAAAAAUUUUGCCGCAAGCGGAUUUAAAUCGAACAAAAAUAAAAAAUGAAGUAAGACAGAAUAAAUAAGGCGCGUUGUUUGAGCGAGUUUUGCAUUUAAGUGUGAGAAACGGGAGGUGCGUGUGAAUUAAGAAUAAUUAAAAGAAAAGAAUAAAAAAAAAUUUAAAAAAAAGUCUACAAAAAAAAUCCACAAAAAGUGCGCGCACAGGAAGGUCGGAUUGAGAUAUGUAUUUUUUUAAAUUUUCAACAUAAACGAAGAAUUAACCAAAAAAAGGUGCGACGAAGAGACGCAGAGCAAAAGUGGGAAAGCGAGAUGAAAAAAAAAUGAAACACAAACCUGGGAACAGAAAAAAAACUAUUUGUAGGUUUAUAGAUUUACCGCGUGUACCGAAAACACUACGAGAACACACAGAUUAACACACAGACGAUGCCACGACGCGUGUACACGAUAUGCGCGAGAGCAGAAUUUCGCGCGACGGAACGAAAGAGACGAGAGAAAGAUAGAAGAGGUGAGGCUAAUUGCGCGGGAGAAAAAGCGAAUUGAAUCGACGAGGAAAAGAAAAAUGCCGACGGCAAGAAGAUCGUGGGAACGAUUGAUUGGUCGAAGCCCAACGACGUCGAGUCUGUUGUUUUUCUUUUUUCCUUUACCUUUUUUUGUUCCGUCUGCUUUUCGGUACACACUUGCUAUACAAAACAAUAUAUUAGUUCUUGAUUUUGUACUUAACACAUAUACCGUCGAUAGAUAGAGAGAAAGAAUUGUGACGAUCUCGCAUCUCGCCUUUUUUUUGCGCUGACUGUGCGACUCGUAUAUGAGUUUUAUUUUUGUAAACGAGACACUGUGUGGAGAACAAUAAACAUUUUUUAAAACAUAUACAUCACCCUUAUUCUUUUCUUUGGUCAUAAUUCCAGUCACUAACGAUACUGUACACGAUCAACAUUUUACAGACUUGCGUCGUCGGCUUCGACCAUCAGAAUCUACGACGAAGAGAAGCUGCGACGCGGUGGUGAUCGACUCUGAUAAUUUUUUUUUUUUUUGCAACCUAUAAAACGAAAGUAUUUUGAUGCACGUGAAACAGGACGGACGGAAAGUACAGCGUUUAGGCACAAAAAAAGCAGAAGUUGUACACACACCCACACAAACGCAACUAUAUAUUAAAGUAAAUAUACAUAUAUCUUCAUGUCAAUUACUCUAGGGAACAUCACACCGAUAAAACUAAUAAAAAACUUGAUGAUAAACCUCGAAACAUUUUUCGAUCGGGAUUCGAAAAGUUGAAUGAGAGGAACGUCUCUUUUUACUAAGCUGAAAACCGAAAAUCGACGUAAGAGCACAAAAACACACUGCGUGCGGUUGUCGUCUCGCUUAUUGUAUACAAUACUAUAUACAAUCUUUUAUUAAAAUCGAAUCAUUGUAUCCCAGCUUGCUUUUUGCAUAGAUGGUGCGUUUAGUAUCUGUAAUAUGAGCUGUAGCAACCGUUAUUCCGUGGACCAAAUCGAGACUUUGCUAUAUACUUUUGAAUUCUCAGCCAGACGACAGCCGCGACUAAAACCCUCCUUUUGAGAAAACUUAAAAACAAAAAAGCACAGAAAAAUCGAGCUGAGCACGUUCUGGGUGGGAAAGUACAUAAUAUUAUGUAUAAAAAUCCGGGAUCUUUCUUUUGCGCACUCUGCAUUCAUGUCUUUCAGGAUCGUGGCGUAUGUAGCUAUAGUUUUUCGCUUCGCGUAGCCUAUAACAUAGGUCGUUUUUCAACCGAUCUGUCGUAUAACAAUAAUAAAACAAUAUCGCACGACGAUGAGCAAGUCAAUUAACAAGCGAUUCUAACAUCCCCCCCCCCCACCCUCUGUACACCUAAACAUAUACCUUCCCACUCACACACAGACACACAGACACAGGGACAAAGUCAUCCUCCGAAGACAAAACGAGCCGAUCAUUCUCUCUUGGCGCGGCACAGUCCGUGAAAUGAGGGACGCACGGUCGUGCGAAUUCGCACCUCUCGACACGGGAAAUCGCUCGUCGUUUCCGCGCGGGAUAUUAUAUAUCCGCGACUUCGGCGUAUAUAUGCAUUGACUUUUUGCGCGCGGAAGAAAACGCUCGGAGAAGAAGAAGAAGAAGGAAAAAGUUCCGUGUAUACACGAGGAAGCGCGUGUUUGUAGCGGCGCGUUUACUACAGGGAGGCGGAAGAGAGGCCCCCUUUGUUCGGGCCCACCGAGCGAAACGAGCUACGGUGUCUUGAAAAACCAAGUCAACGCCGAGAAUAUCGGACCGAUGAUGCCGGAAUAACGACAUUUCGCGAUUGGGACAUUCCAAACUAUAGCCUUUUCCCUCCAUUUUCAUCGUCACGAGAAGAAAUGCGGAGUGUUUAAUUUUACGAUGGGACACGUAUAUCGAGCGAUGAUAAUUCGAAUCGAAGCGAUCGCUGUUAUUACACGCGCGAAAAAAAAAUGAUAAAAGUUCGAAAUCUAUAUUUUCUUCCUUUUUACAUAACGAAUAUAACGUGUAGACGCAAACGCUUGUUGUUUUGUUGUGUAUGUGUAUAGGUAUUGUGUACGUGACAAUCGCCGAAGAUGAAGAGAGAGAGCUCUGAAUUUUUUUAACUGAAACGAUCUCGUUUCGAUUGUAUAUGAAACUUUCGACAUAUAUUUUAUCUUUCUUACACACACGAGCACUGAGUUUUCUAUGUAUAAGUUCACUUAAAAAAAUUGAGAGUGUCCGAGUGCAUUUCGUUGGCACACACACGCGAGUGUUGAUGAUUGAGUAAGGACGCGAUUUACUUGUAAUACCGAUCGCCAUACCGAUUUCGCGUUAUCAUGUCGAUAUCGUUCGAAUAAAUCAAAUGCGCAUACGCACAAAUCAUGCAUCGAUCACACGAACACUAUAACACACACAUAAAUCAGACAUGCUGCGAGUAUUUUAAAAAGAGAAACAGACGAACAAAAAUGUUUUAAAUGAAACGGACUGUGAUCACUGCAAUCGUUUUCUACUCUCACGCAGAUUAGGGCCGACGAUCGCGUCCGCCGAGCAAAAGUAAAAUAAAAAGGAGAUUAGUUGUUGCGGGCUUAUUGACGAGGUGAACAAAAAAAUUUAGAAGUCAGCUACUGCAGAUGAAGAAAUGCCCUUUAUAUUGUUACAGUUGUAACGUCAUGGAAAACUUAGGACACACACACACAAACACAGAAGCAUCAUCUCAUAAAAAACACUCUGCACACAGAGACAUAUUCAUUGGGGAGAGGUAUAUACCGAGAUUACGCGUACAAAAAGGACGAGCACAAUGGUUAAAAAACUAAGCGAUAAGUUCGUAGAUGAAAAAAAAAAUACCCAACCCAUGACUGAGAGAAAGUAUAGAGUAAUCCACGUAUAAAAGGGGAGGAAAAUUAUUCGCUCGAUUAUUAUAUCUUUCGUUGCUUAUAUUGCAUCUCAGGCGUUAUAUAGUUUAAUAAGCCGUAGUGCGCAGAGAAAGAAGUCGUAAUUCAGAGCCCUAACACACCAGAGCGACUGUUGGUCGAAUCGUAUACGUGUACACAAUGGCGUCGUUAUCGGCGACGAUACACGUAGACUAGAGGCGAUGUAGUCGAGGAGUCGAUAUCGUAAAGUUUUUUUAUAUAGCUUUUUUUGACGAUGUUAAUGAUGUUCGAGAAGACGACGAUAACUAUUAUACAAAUAUAUUCACUUGUUUCUCAAAGCAUGAAUAUUAUCGCAUAAAUAAUAAACUCGAGGACGAUAGACACACGGGGAGAGCCGCGGUUUGUGAAAUCGCGCGCUGUUGUUUCGCACCGAUAUUAAUUGUUUGUAUAAAAUAAUAAUAUCCUUUUUGAAGAUACAAUCAAAUUCUUUCAGAUAUCUUAUGAGAAGAGAUUUAAAAUUAGUUAAAUAUUUUGUAAGUCGAACAAUACAAUCAACGAAAAUGCUAAUAACGUUAUUAUUGUACGUAUUUAAUUAUUAUGAACAAAAAAAAAAAAAAAACGAUGUUUCUUAAAAUUUUUAAGAAACAAAAUGAUUAUUCUCUAGUCGACACGCGGAGACGCCUUUUUCUUCACACACGAGAUAUUAUAACCCUUGAUUCAGCGUAUAAAUUUAUUAUUAUCCACGAGAGGAAAAAAAAAAAUAAAAAUAGAUGUGCAGAGAACGACGUAGGACAGACAGACAGCAGCAGCGUUGCGACUACUGAAUACAAGCUGUGUAAUAAAGUAAUAUUUUUCUUAUAAGACUAUUAAAAUAAUAAUAAUAAUAAUAAUAAUAAUGAUAAUGAUAAUGAAUAUUUAUAUAAUAAAUAGAAAGUUGAAAAGUGUAAUCGCCUUCAAAAGUAUUUUUCUUCGUAUUAACGAUAGCUUGACGAAAGCUUAUUUUUCUUAAAUAUUAAAACACUGUUAUAACAGCAACGUUUAUACAUAAAAUACAAUUCUAAAAAGAAAAAAAAAUAAUAAUGAGAAGGUAAGAAAGACUAUCUUUUUUACUUUAUGAAAAAAAAAGAAAAUUUACUCGAUCUAACGAUGUUUAUUUUGAUAAUUUAGAGGCUUGUCGUCGAUGCGAGAAAUCAAAACACGAUCGAACCGACCAACAGUCGUUGCCCUCGUUUUCCCUUUACUUUAUUGUAAAAUCGAAAAAAGCAAAAACUCCUAUAAUAUAGUCACUCGGUUAUAUAGGAGAGUAGGAUCGGGAGAUAGACAGAUUGAUGCCCAAGACGAUACAUGACACUGUUUAAGCUAUAUGUGAAAAUACGAUUAUCCCACUUACCAAUAAUUAUUAUAAACAAUAAACGACGAUAAUAUACUUGAUGGAGGAGCUAAUCCGUGUCGAGCUAUGGUCUACUUAACGUUUAACGAGUAUGUUGUGCGCGAGACUGUGUGUAUGUGAGAAUUUGUAACAAAUUGCAUAACGAUAAUAACGCUGUAACAAUGUUAUUAAACGACUUAUUGCACGUAAUCCGUUAAUGUCGUCUUUGUAGGUAGGCUUUUUUCUUCGAAUCGACGAGUUUAAAGAAAUAUAAAAAAAACGAGUAUAAGUGAAAAAAAAAUUGAAGAGAACUGUAACUGAACACCAAAACCGUAAUAAUUAUAUAAACACCUGCUGACGAUUUAAUCCGCAUAUUAUUCUAAUGAUUAAAAAAAAGUAAUGCAAAGAUAAACUGCUAAUCUAUCAGUGUCCGUAUUUAAACGAACUUGAAGCCGAGAAAAGCUGUAAAAAAAAUGAAAAGUUAAAGAGGUUUGAGGAAAAAAUGGUUUUGUUGAGUCGCGCGCGACUUUCGACGCGUUAAUUGUUGUUCGAUGCAAAUCUUAUUUUUUACGACACUUUUUUCCGCUUGUUCGCCGCAGAUUAGGGAGAGGGAGAUAUUGUAUGGACGAAAAAUAAAAUUUUGAAAACCGAAGCGCGUCGCGAAAUAAAAAAAAAACAAGAACAACCGAGAGAUCGAGUUUUCGUCGCGCGAGAUAAAAAGAGGUAGUUUGUUAUGAACGAGCGAUUUUUAAAAAAUGUCGAGUGUAGAAGAAGAACAUAAGCAACAAGCUCUGAUCGUUAUUGAUCGAAGGCAUAUUCGAUGAUAAAAUUGCACUUGUUUACUCGGGUCGAUGCGCGGUUGAGGCGUUGAAAGUUCAUCGACGGAUAUGAAGAAGGAGAGAAGGAAAAAAAGAGAGACUUUGCCCUCGGACGAUUUCGAUUUUAUAUAUAUUGUAGCUUUGAUGGCCAUCGCACACACAGAUAACACGAUAUACACCAUAUUGAUGAAAGAAAGACGAGGCACACACACGAUGAGGCGUGAGAAUAUGAAAGAGAGUGUGUGCGGGAGUGAGUUGAGGAGAUUUUUUCUACUUGUAGCGAGUAACGAAUUAUUCAAAGGCUAAUGUUGUUUCGCGUAUUAUACGAUUAAUUAAUAUUAAUAAAUAUAUAUAACGAGUACGAUUAACGACGGAGAAAAAGGAUUGAAAACAAAAAAACGGAAUAAUAAAAUUUACCAAUUACCACCACUUCCAAUAAUAAUUAUUAUAUUAAUAUGAUGUGUCAGUUGUAUAAAAGAAAAAGUGUAUUUUCAAUAUUGAACAGUCUUACCAAUCUCAACUAUUUCUACUGAAACACGUACAAAGAUUAAACAAUAUAUAUUACAAUUGAUUUACACGAUGUUAGACUCUUUACUUUAAGCUUCUAUACACAGAUGGUAAAAAAAGGAGGAGGAGUAAAAAAAAGUAACGAAAGAGGAAAAAAAGUAAGCAUUAUACGAAAAAUCAUUGCAAAAUGUUUUAAAUAUGUGUUAAAUAUUUUAAAUAUUGUGAAGACAUUUUUUAAACAAUAAAAGUAUUUCAAACAAAAAAAUCACACGAUACUCGGAUACGAUUUUUACUUUUCUGUCAUAUACCCCUUUAUCUAGUCGCUUGCUCACGUAGAAAAAUUAGUAUUUUUUAUAUACCUUUUGCUUUGUGCCAUGCAUAUUAUACCUCGUGUAUACGUUUGCUUUGUAAAACCGAUAGACGAUUGAAUUGCGUAGUGUACACCUUAUAAUUUUUGCGUAAAACGUAGUACAGUUUGCUUGGUAGAAGCAAGUAAUCGCACUUUGCUUAUUUUCUCGCUUUGAAACAGUUUUUGUUCUCGAGAAGAUAUAUAAUGGAGCGAACCGUUGUAAACUUACUUAUUGCGUUUUUUGUAAGUAUUCUUCUAUAAUUACAUAAUCAAUUUUUCCAUUAUUCCCCUUGUAAGAGCCGUUACACAGAAUCGCGAUACAACAAGUCAAUAAAAUAUACAAUAUUACACCCCAAAGUAUACAUCAUUCGCGCAAUAUAAUACAUCGACAGCUAAGAAAGCUCGCGCGAGCUUUGGGAUUCAGCCAUCAUAAAGGCCGCGAAAGCUCGGCUUAUCGGCUCGCUAUCAAUCGAUCGAUAAACGUCGAGCCUCGAAAAAAGCGACUUGUUGUCACAGCCGUGUGCCGCGUCCCUCUCGUUCGGAGUGAAUAAAUUCCGUGUCGCUUUUGAAUUUUGAAUUUUCGCUACUCAUAUACAUUCGAUUCAUUCACACACAUACACACAUACACGCACACGACACGUUGGCUGGUAAUUGGUAAAUAUUAUCGAAACUCUGAUACAUUUAUUUAUUUUUUCUUUUUUUUUAAUAAAUUCGAUAGACCGAAAUCACUCAGCAUAUAUACAUAUAAUAUUGUAUUCUCGAGAGCUUGAUCGUGUGUGUGAUCGUCGCUUGACAACUAAAUCCCUCCUCAACUGUCGCUCGCAAGCUUGCACAGCUGCACUAAAAACCAACAUUCUAAAUAUCAACAAUUAUAUUAUACACAUGACGACGAUACAGUUAUCGGCGUCGUCGUCGCCUCUGCAGCAAUCUUUUUUGUAUGGGAGAAUAAUUGACAAAGGAAAAAAAAAGAACGCAAGUUUAUUCAGAACAAAAUCGCCGCUCAAGACUUAUACGAUACAAAAUAUAAAAUAUAUACUCAAAGCUCAAAACUUGUUGAAGUAUGUAGUGGCGCGUAUUAUAUACCGCUGAUGAAGAAAAAAAAAUUGUUCCGUCGAGCUUUGCACGUACUUAGGCAUACGGUAUAUACGUUUCUCAGCUUGUAAGUGUUUUUUAGGGGUUAAGGGGGAUGAAUAAAAGGAAGAAAAAUCGUGGUUUUGAGGCGUAUUAUAUAGCGAGUAAGAAGUUUUCGGCUGAUUUGUUAUCGAUAGGGCGCGAUGUUGAUGAUUUUAAAAGAAUAAAUAAAAAAUGAGACAACGGUUGCGGCCCUUGGUAUAAUAAUUUUAUUUUUUCUAUCGCCAUAAUAUCUCAUAAUACAUACGGCAUAUAGUAGAGUAGUCAUGUAACGUAAAUGUCGCUGUAAACUAUUAUCGAUUUAUCGUAUUACUAUUAACAUCAGCUAUAAGCAUCAUAUUUUUCGUAUACACGCUUACGAUACAUAAAGCUUAAGAGGUAACCAUUGAACACGUAUUAUUAAGCUUGUAAGCCAAGUUAAAAAUUUUCUUAUAUACUAGUAGGGUACAGUAGUAGCUCGUAUCAUAUAUCUCAAAGUGACAUUAUAUUGCAUAAUUUAGCCUCUAAGUCGCAUAAAGAUGUAUAAAAAUAAGUUAUGCGUGUGUUUGUAGUUUUUAAAGCUCUCGUCAUCUAUUAUCGCCAUUAUACCCAUAUGCUAAUCGAUUGUUGUACAUCACGCGUAUUAACGUACAUAUCGAUCCUCGCUCGAUAUCAUCGUUAACUUACGAUGAUUUCGAGCGGUGACUCGACGUAUUGUACACGUUACAAGCACAUGCAUAUAUAAUAGACACACACACACACACAUACACACAUAAUCAGCGCUCGUCCAAGGCAUAACGAUGGACGAGACGAAGGAAAAAAUUUUCGUUUCCAUUCUGAAGAUAUUGAUUUGAUCAAUUUUGCGUCAUCAUCGGUAGAACUUAGGCGGCGAUCGUUUCAAGCGUGCCGCGGACGACGACGUGUGUAGCUUAGCAAUAGUGGUCGUAGAGUAGUGACAAAGUAUAUUAAAACUAAUAAACCAAAAAGUAAUCGCAUAUAUAGAAAGCUCUCGGAGAAUAAAAAAUAGCCCCUCUGCAGCUCUCACCGCGCGCAUUUUAUCGUGUAGCGAAUAUCCACCGCGUAUUUUAUGCCACGUAUAUUAUACAUUUUGCGACGAUAAUUGAAAUAAGACGUUGAGAAGAAGAAAAGAGAAUAAGAUGAAUAGUUUAACGAUUGUUCGAGAGUUUAAAGAUGGAGAGGUGAUAAUAUAAUCGCGACUAAAGGAACGUUGAAAGUUUAAAACCCUCUGGUGAUAUAGGACGUUUUUAGGAAUUAAAGAUGAUCCCGAGAUUUAUAUGGAGUUCUCUCAACACACUGAUGCACAUGCACGCGAUCGAGAUUCCGCACGUUCUCGAUCGUUUUUGUUCUUCUAUAAUUAAUAUAGCUAUACAUGCACAUAGUAGCACGGAUUUUCGAUAUUCUAUCUCGCUGGUGUAUUCGGACUUGUAAUGAGAGGUGCAUACAACAAUUAAUUAUUGUUUAUUCAGUAGAGUACGCGGAUGGUGUGGAAAUAAGGCAGUAAUUUCUACAACCGACCGAGUUAUAACGCUAAUGGAAUAAUGUUUGUUUUCGAUUAACCGACGAAUUUCGGGAAAUUAUUUUCUCCACAUUGAAUAAACUCGGAAAUUUCGCUUCGCAGUAUAGCAUAGUAGCUUUACAAACGCACGCAUUCCCCAUAACGAUGUACACACGCACACGCGCUCGCUCGCGCCCAUGCUCGAGAGGCGUCCCUCUUUCCUCUUCCGUUUCAUCGACGAUGUGUGUAUUGUAUCAUCCAUAUGAUAUCGUACCUAAUAUUAUAGUCUAUUAACUGUUCUUCUCGCGAGUCCACGGAUUUUUAGAUUUUUACAAUGACGCUGUGUACGGCCUUUCGAGAAGAAUUGAAUUUUAUCUAAUAAUGACGGCAGCGUAAACGUAUAUUUGGAAUGAAGUUCUUUUUUCGGUUCGAUCGUGGUUAAUUGUCUCAUGACGAUACCUACUACUUCCUCGAAUACUUCGAUAAUCUCGCACAUCUCAUCCACCUAUCUCUCUAUUAUGAUCCUUUAUAAAUAAUCUGCUACGUAUACCAAAAGUUGUUGUUUCCAAUGUAGACUACUCUAUUACUACGUGUUGUUGAAAUUUUCCGGUGUUGUUCACGAGACCAAAAUUUAUAACUAUAUAUACCCUAUGCCAAUGACGAAGGGAUGAAAGAACCGCGGGUAUAUACUUUACGACAAGAAUCAGAUCGAAGAACUCUUAAAUGCAGCUUCAGAAUAAGUCCAUACUUUAUACAAGCGAUACCACGGCUCUGUCCCUUCCGUAUAGCGAUAUAACAUCCACACGUAUACACACAACCCUCUAAGACUGACUCUUUCUUCUACACAUCGACGCACGCGUUGCUCGUGUGAUUUCUAUAUACAAAAAAUAAUAAUAAACUAACGCGCGUUCUCGCGAGCUCGAAAAACCUGAUGGCGCUGCGAUCGCUUCCAGGUUUUUCCUCGCUCGCGAACUUGUUGAGAAAUAUUCUAUACACUGAAAAAAAAACCAAAUGUGCGAAAUUAAAAUACUUGUCGACCUUUCUCGCGUGUGUGUACAUACGCGCACACACAUAAUAUAUACCACACUCGCUAUGACUCUUGAGAUAUCCAUAAAAACGAUCGUUCACUUUGUAUUUAUAAUAUUAUUAUUAUUAUUAUUAUUAUUAUUGUACUUUACGAUGUUGCACGCAGGAAUCUGCUUCUCGUUGAAGAGUUGGGAUUAUAUCGCGCCUUGCCUACUUUGAGGAAUAAAUAACGACGUAUUAUUGGAAUAAGGAUAACAGUUACUCGAUCUCCUGAGCUUUUAGCAAACCAAUUUUCAUCAAUAUAUAAUUCCACUUUUUCGCACCGGCUCUGUAGUCGUGUAGAGGCUACUUUUCCCUCAGUAUAUGAUAUAUAUCGCAUAUAGCUACGCACACCCAAAUACACACUUACACCCACACACACACACACACGUAAGGUAUUAGAGUAUUUAUUAUUGACACAUCCUGAUCUCGACAUUGUUGUCUCCUCUGCAGCAGGUUGGCUCGUGUUCCAAUUUAAUUAAAGAGAGAAAAAAAGGUUACAAUAUUAUUCUGAUAAGAUAAACUUUUUUAAGUGGGAGAUAGAGAGGCGUGGGCGUCGAAAGUAGAGAAGAAAAUGAAGAAGAAAAAAAAACUAAAACUGUUAUGAUUCUCAGCACAAGAUAAUAGGACGUCGUCGUGUAAGUAUAAACGUAUACAUAUAGAAGUAGUAGUUCGUCAGGGAUUAUGCUUUAUUAAAUAUAUACCGAGUCGACGUGUACGUAUAAAGUAGGGAAAAACGGCUCUAAAGAAAAAAAAAGAUAAAAUAAAAUAAAAUAAAGUAAACGAACGCGCACCUUUUCGCGGUCGAACUGUUACGCGUUUUUUUACGAGGGAUCGCGAGUGUGUAAAGUAUACAUAACAUUACGUAUCUGCAACACUUGUAGGACGGCUUGCGCGAAAAAAGAGUUGAUUUUUCUAUAAUACACCGUGUUACUCUCGAGUUCACUUCUGUGUACGUGUAGUCGUUAUAUCAUGACAUAUGUAUGGGGUAUAUUAUGUAUUAUAUAUACGUAGGUACGUGACGAGAGGAGCCGCGAUGUAAAAUAAAGUGCGAAAAGGAGACAGACGAUUUUUCGAGCGAACAAAAAAAAAAAAUUAAUUCUAACUCUAUUCUAUCUCUAUAUUCUUCUACCGAUUAUAUUUUUCUAUUAUAUUUGUACGUUGAAUUAUAGACUCUAAACCAGACCGUAAACGUAUACAGGCAAGUAUAGAUCGUGUAGUAGUGUGCAGCAUCAGGCUGGAGUUUAUUAAGAUCGAAAAUAACGAACGAACGCGAGGAUUUAGCUAGUAUAGCACUUUUUUCCCUUUAUUUUCCAAUUUCAUUUUCAGAAGCGCCGAUCUAACGAAAUCCAAUCAAAAUCAGAGGGGGUUAUCAGCGUGACUAUCGGAUUACUCGCGAACGAGAGAGACAGAGAGCUGUUGCGUCGGCUGUUAUUUGAUGAGGGAUGGAAAUCUUCGCUAUCUUUAUCUCUCGCUCUUCACGAUAGCGUCGACUAGCUAACCGAGUUUAGUUUUAUAUUUUCAGCUUUGUACGCAGGCGUUCGUUCGUUGCAAAAGUUAAAAGUACGACAUUUCGCGCUAAACUAUACGAUAAAAAAAAUACUAAAACGUCUGCUUGAACACUCUGCAAAAAACAAAAAACUGUUAUACUCUUGUAUACACUUUUUCCAGUAAAAUUUUUCCUCGUCCGAGACAGUCGCGAGAUAACCAUUAAAACGUCUCGCGAUAUGUGAAUCAAACUUUCGCGUCGCGAUUAAAAUAAAAAGGGUGGACGAAACGGUUGGAGCAAAACAAAAAAAAAAUAGGGUAUCGAUGUGUAAUGAUACCGUAUUUCUCUCCGUUGUUAUAUUAAGCUCUCUUUUUUCCAUACACGUCAAAGGUGUGUAUGGAAAAGCCGAGGAGAUGAGAAAAAAAAAGAUAACGCAGCCGCAGCUCCCAAUCGUCGGUUGUAAGGUCGUUUGUUUGGUUUUUUAUUGUCAGAAGUUUCUAUUUUUCCAUAAUACAUAUUACGUAAGAUAAUAAGGGGACGAAUAUUUACUAUAUUGAAGAUAUAAUUACUGUGUAGAAAACGUUACGCGAUUGUGUGACGAUGUAUAAGCGUGUGUUUUGUCGGGAUGUGCGUGACGAGCGAAUUAUUAUGACGAUGAAUAAAAAAAGCAAAUUUUCGUCGUUGCAUUUUGUGUAAUUCUGUAAUAAAUAGCCUCAUCGUAUCGGGCGUCGGCGCCCAUUUCUUAUCCGAAUUCGAAGGGAAAAAUGAUGAUACACUCGCGGAUAACGAUACGAGGAAUAUCUCAAUGCAAGAAAGUCAUAGGUGAGCGAGCGAGUAAUAUUACGUAUGCAUUUAUUAUAAAUAUAUCAGUGAGAAAGAGGAAGGGGAGAAAAAGACAAUUUUUUUCUUGUUAAUGAACUAAGUGUGCCUAGUCAAUAGAAUAUAUCUGGUCAAUUUUAAUAUUACAUAUAUUAUAAAUAAAACUUGGAUACCGUAUAUAAUUAUAAAAUGUGGACAAAAUGAAUAAAAAUCAAACCCUAUCUCGCGAUCUGUACAAUAUAUUGAGAGGCGCGCAAAUCGCAGAACAGUAAGUGAGAGAAAAAUUGGCAAAAAAAAACAAUUAAUGAUUAACGACAAUGAUUGUGCUGUGUUGUACUACGAAAUGUUGGCCUGUGACUUAUAUUUGUAGCUAUAUACACGCAAUACGUGCAUAGACACAAUAUAUCGUAGGUUGUGCCAUACGAUGAUGAUUUCGAAAUCGUCGCUCGAGGGCCAAUGUACGACACACUACACUUUUCCCGAUGGAUAGCCAGGCGAUCGAGCGAAACAGGCCGAAACUCUAGCCAUCGUCUAUCGCGUUCCUCUUUUUCUAUUGCGACGACGAUGGAAAGUAUAUGAAAAAAAGGCCCUUUUCGCUCCUUCGCGCGCUUGUCGCGGAUAUUUUUUAUUCCACAACAUACACGCGACUCGACGACGGAGAUGUGUUUGCCUCCCGAAUAUCCCAUGAGAACAGUGAAACAACUGACCCUCGAUGUUGCGCGAAUUUCCCUCGACCACCUGUUACCCCCCGCGGUGUAUGCAUCAGCAACGAACGAUGAUCGGAGACGAAAGCUCACCCUGUUACUUGCGCAUAAUCAAAGAUGUUAUACGACGGAUUUUCGACGUUAUUGCGGAUCCGUUACAGCGAUGCGACGAUUUUUUGGAUGAAGGUGUAUGAUUACAGAUUUGUACACACACAGACACAGACACAGACACACACACACACACACACGUAUGUAAGUGAAGUUUUGCGAUUGCCAUAUCAAGGUUACGGUUAUUGUGUACGAAGUGCGAUAUCAAGAGGGCUAUUUAUUUAGGAUAUGUACUAAAUGGUCUGUUUUAAUGUGUCACGGGCUACGCGUACUGUACUAUAAUAUCUAACAAUAAAGUAUUUUGUUUGCUUCAAUUCA